CCAUCUAUGAAUCCCAUCUACAGAAGAUUUCUCUGCCUGCAGCUGCUGUUGCUCCUGGCAAGAGGGCUGGCAGUUAAGCCCAAGGCCGUCGCUGUCUCGGAUUCCAAUUUACAUGUAAGGCCAGCCGUACGAACCGUGAACACAAAUGGCUUCCAGCUGACAGAAGGGGGCGACGUGGGCUACUGGCUGGUCCACAUCAUGAAUGGACAGCGGUUCAUAUGCGGGGCGUCCUACUAUAGCGCCCUGUAUGUGCUGACCUCGGCGAACUGUAUGUACAGGUACCGGAAGAGCCUGAACACCAUCAGCGUGGAGUACGUGAAUCCCAGAAUGGAUCAGGAGAACAAAAUCGCCCAUAUCGAGAGCGUCAGUGUGCCUAAAAACUAUCAAUAUCCCGACAACUACAUGGACAUUGCGGUGGUCAAGUUGCGCAGAAAUUUGACCGGCAGUCCGGACACUGUUCGACUCUGCUCGCAGCCGUUGAGAAGAUACCCAAAGUUCACGGCAGUGGCCUGUGGCGUAGAUCCGGGAGGAUCCUUUGAUCGCACCGCCACCGAUGAUGUCGCCAUAAUGCCGAAAAGGUUCUGCCAGCCGCUAUACAAUAAGGACAAGCUUAGGAUCUCCGAGACGAUUGCCUGUGUCAGAGAGUGGAACAAUUACAGGUACCGCAUGUACGAGUUUGGAUGCCCCGUGACGGCCGGUAACAACGAACUGUGCGGCAUCGUGGCCUGGGGACCACAGUUCGAAAGCGAACAUCCUGGCCUCUUCACUGACAUCUAUCAGGUCAAAGGAUUCAUCCUAAAGGUGGUACGCGGCGUUUAUGUAGACAGCCGACAGCUCUCAAAACGAACACGCCGCAUUCGCCCAAAAAAAAUGCACCGCACUUGGGCCCGAUAGUGCUGUAAAUUAUGUACAAUAAUAAAAUGCAAUGUAUAAUACCCCACACUAACCUGUGGCACUUCACUUGAUGUUAUGAGAAUAAAGUUUUCGAAAACCA